AUGCCUGAGGCCACCAGACUUGAUUACAUCAGAAAUUUUUCUUCACCGGUAGUUCAGCGUUACAAUAACAAGCGCCCCUCCCCCGCCUCCUCAAUAACACAAAUGCUUCGGCUGUAUAAAUCCCAUUUGAGCGCUUCUGCGGGGAAGGGUUAUCUCAUGACGGGAAAAUCUCGUGGUGGAAUAUACACCUCCUCGACUCCGUUUGGCAGUUAA